GAGGGCUGGUAUAUUUGUGCCUGCUGGAGGUGGAAUUAACAGCAAGAAGGAGAAAGGGAUUGAAUGGAUUUACAGGAAGGAUUUCAAGUUAAUUCAGGGAAACACAUUGACUUGAAGAGUAUAACCUUGAGACCUGUUUUACACUAAGACGAUACAAAAGAUGUUAAAGUUAUCACCAGGCUGCCUGCCGGACAGAUAUAAUUCCAACACCAAGGUGCAGAACAGCGUAGAUCUGUGACUCAGACUCAGGAUUUGUCUUGGAAAGAUCUCAAGGGUUGAGAAGAACUCAAGAGUAAGUGAAGAGAACUUGGGAACGACAGUUAUCAGAAGAUCAGCUUCCAUUUAUUCAAAAACCAAAGACCUGAUUAUCAUAAAUUCACAUAGGAAUGCAUAGGUUAUUUGAUCAGAUAAUAUUAGCUGUCUUUGACUACAUCAAUGCAGCAAAUUCUCUUAAUAAUUGUGGAUAACUGGAAAUCUGAAUUUCAGCUUUCUUAGAAAUAACUUCUCUUAAUACAUUCCAAAAUAUUUAAAAUAGAACAGGAAAGUCCGUGAGGAUGUUGUGUUCAGGAGUGUCAGUGUCAUGACGAAUAGGUAAACUUGUUUUUACAGCUACUGGCAAAGAGUAACUCUAGGAAGCUUUUUUUUUUUUUUUUUUUUAAGUGGACAAGAAGGAUUAAAAAUAUCAGCUUUUGCUUUUGGACAAAAAUGCAUCUGAGUGUAUUUUUACUUAGAGGUGUGGUGGGUUUCAUCUGGAGCUGCUGGGCACUAGUUGGUUAUGCAAAAGGAGGCUUGGGAGACAAUCAUGUUCACUCCAGUUUUAUUUAUAGAAGACUACGAAACCACGAAAGACGGGAAAUACAGAGGGAAAUUCUCUCUAUUUUGGGUUUGCCCCACAGACCCAGACCGUUUUCACCUGGAAAGCAAGCGUCCUCUGCGCCUCUUUUUAUGCUGGACCUGUACAAUGCCAUGGCCAGUGAGGAAGACCCUGAAGACUCAGAGUACUUGGUGAGGGCAUCCCUGACAGGAGAGGCCAGAGGGGCAAGAAAAGGAUACCCAGCUUCUGCCAAUGGGUAUCCUCACCGCAUCCAGUUAUCUCAAGCAACUCCUCUGACUACCCAGAGCCCUCGCCUAGCCAGCUUGCAUGAUACCAACUUUCUGAAUGAUGCUGACAUGGUCAUGAGCUUUGUCAACCUAGUUGAAAGAGACAAGGACUUUUCUCACCAGAGAAGGCAUUACAAAGAAUUUCGGUUUGAUCUGACUCAAAUUCCACAUGGAGAAGCAGUGACAGCAGCUGAAUUCCGAAUAUACAAGGACAAGAGCAAUAAUCGAUUUGAAAAUGAAACUAUCAAGAUUAGCAUAUAUCAGAUCAUCAAGGAAUACACCAAUAGGGAUGCAGAUCUCUUCUUGUUGGAUACAAGAAAGGCUCAAGCUUUAGAUGUGGGUUGGCUUGUCUUUGAUAUCACUGUGACCAGCAAUCACUGGGUGAUUAAUCCACAGAACAACUUGGGUUUACAGCUCUGUGCUGAAACAGGGGAUGGACGCAGUAUCAACGUCAAAUCUGCUGGUCUCGUGGGAAGACAUGGGCCUCAGUCAAAACAACCAUUCAUGGUGGCCUUCUUCAAGGCAAGUGAGGUCCUUCUUCGAUCUGUGAGAGCAGCCAACAAACGGAAAAAUCAAAACCGCAAUAAAUCCAGUUCUCAUCAGGACUCCUCCAGGAUGUCCAGUGCUGGAGAUUAUAAUACAAGUGAACAAAAACAAGCCUGCAAGAAACAUGAACUCUAUGUGAGUUUCCGGGAUCUGGGAUGGCAGGACUGGAUUAUAGCACCAGAAGGUUAUGCUGCAUUUUAUUGUGAUGGAGAAUGUGCUUUUCCACUCAAUGCCCAUAUGAAUGCCACCAACCAUGCCAUAGUGCAGACUCUGGUCCACCUGAUGUUUCCUGACCAUGUUCCAAAGCCUUGCUGUGCUCCAACCAAACUAAACGCCAUCUCUGUUCUGUACUUUGAUGACAGCUCCAACGUCAUCUUGAAAAAAUAUAGGAAUAUGGUGGUACGCUCAUGUGGAUGCCACUAAAAUUAAAUGAUUAUUGUAAUAACAAAAAGAUCUGUACUAGUCAUUUGACUGCAAUAAAAUAAAAGCAGGCAAAACAGGAAAUUCCUAAAAUUAGUCAGUCUGGGCCAUUUCAUCUCUCUUCCUAUGUGUGAGUAUAUAUAUAUAUAUAUA